UCCCAAUCCCUGAACCAAAAGUUACAAACACAGAGAUGGAGAAUCUUACAAACACAGAGAUGGAGAAUCAAAACACUGAUGGAACCCAGAACAACAAACCAUUUGUCAUCGAAAUCCCAUCAUUCCAAGAAGUGAUAGAGGGCAGUAAUAUCAAUUCCCAGCCCAAAACGACGCCGUCUCUCUUCCAGCCAUCCUCUUCUUUCUCUCAAGCUUUCAGUUUCAUCAAAAAAUCAGACCUUUACACUCCCCCACCUGCACCAGCACCUGCACCACCCCCUCCUGCUUCUUCCAGUGGAGGGAUUAAUUCGGAAGCUCCAGGUGCUGGUGCUGCUUCUUCUUCGGGUUCGGGGUAUGUUAGGCCAAGGGGGAAUAGUCGUAAUGCGAUUCUUGUGAGCAAUAGACAGAAGGGAAAUCCUUUGCUAAAACAUAUAAGAAACGUGAGAUGGGAGUUUGCCGAUAUCAAUUGUGAUUACUUGUUGGGGCAAAAUACUUGCGCUCUUUUUCUUAGUAUUCGCUAUCAUCUGCUUCAUCCCGAUUACCUGUAUUUUCGGAUCAGGGAAUUGCAAAAAAACUUCAAGCUUCGUGUUGUUUUAUGUCAUGUUGAUGUGGAAGAUGUGGUAAAGCCUUUACUUGAAAUUACCAAGACAGCUAUGCUUCAUGACUGUACACUUUUAUGUGCUUGGAGCUUGGAAGAAUGUGGCCGGUACUUGGAAACUUUAAAAGUCUAUGAAAACAAGCCUGCAGAUAUCAUUCAAGGUCAAAUGGACACAGACUAUACGUCACGGCUGACUGGUGCUCUGACAAGUAUCCGGCAUGUCAACAAGACAGAUGUGGUUACUCUUGGUUCUACAUUUGGGUCCCUUUCUCAUAUUAUGGAUGCAUCUAUGGAAGAUUUAGGUCGAUGUCCUGGAAUAGGGGAACGGAAGGUAAAACGCUUGUAUGAAACUUUUCAUGAACCAUUUAAGCGUGUGGUUUCCCAUAAAACAACUGUUUUGGCAACCCCAACACAGACCGCCCCUGUGUCUGAUGGGAAGGAAAAUGAAAAGCAUACAAAGGAUGCUAGCAAGCGCAAGCAGAAAGAACCUGAACUAACUGUCAAAUCAGCUUUGUUGGAAGCUUAUGUAAAAUAUUCAAGCAAAGUUGGUGCAAAGAAUAACAAUACAGAGCUUAAGGAAGGCGAAGCAUUAUCCAAAGAUAAAAUAUCUGUUGAUGAUCCUCCGAUUCAUGAAAGAACUUCUGAAACAGAUGCAUAAAAUUUUACAUUUAGAUGAGAUAGAGUUGCUUGAAAUAUUGCAGGUUUAUAUUCAGAUUAAUGGGCUGGUAGAUUAAUGGGCUUUUCAGUUCUGGAUAACCUACAUUUGUUCCUCUAAUGUGUAAAAAUUAAUUCUAAGUUCUGUCACAUGUUUUUAUUUUCUUUUUACGUGGUUAUAGAAAUAUGGUUUUGACGAUGA